GCAGCAGCAGCAGCACCAUGUCCCCGGGAAGCGGGGUGAAGAGCGAGUACAUGAAGCGCUACCAGGAGCCGCGCUGGGACGAGUACGGGCCGUGCUACCGGGAGCUGCUGCACUACCGCCUGGGCCGCCGGCUGCUGGAGCAGGCGCACGCGCCCUGGCUCUGGGACGACUGGGCCCCUGCCGGAGGCUCGGACGACUCGGCCUCGUCGGCUUCGUCGGGUGCAGGGCGCCCCGCGGCUCCCGCGCCCCGCUGCGCCCCGGCCUCGCCCCCGCCGCCCGCGCAGGCCGGGGCGCGGGAAGAGCCGGCGCGGCGCGCGCGCGAGGCCCCGGAGGAGCCGGGCGCGGAGGCCGGGUCCGCCGAGGCGGUGGAAGCGGAGGACGCGGCUGUGCCAGCCUUGCCAGCGAAAGACGUAGAAGAAAAACCUGAACAGCAAACCAAAACGAAAGAAACUGACAAGUUACCCACCAGUGUUGUACCCCGACAACAACCAAGUGCCUUAUUUGCUAGAGGAAAUAGGAAAGCUGCCAAAAGUCCCCAAAGAUCAAGUAAAAUAAAAGAGAAUAGGCACCCAUUUGCUCUGUAUGGCUGGGGAGAAAAACAGAUGGAUACAGGAAGCCAGAAGACUCACAAUGUCUGUGCCUCCGCUCCUGUGCAUGAGAUUCAUGAGUCAGCAUUGCGAGCCAAGAACAGAAGACAGGUGGAAAAACGGAGACUGGUUGCUCAGAGGCAGCGUGCUCACUCUGUGGAUGUGGAGAAGAACUGCAAGGUGAAGCCCGCCUCCUCGGAGAACCCCUGGAUGACAGAGUACAUGAGAUGCUAUUCAGCCAGAGCUUAAAGGACAGUAGCCUGGACAGCUUCUCACAGAAAAGUGUAAAUGACAGAAAAGAAAAACCAUCAAAUGAAACUGGACAUAGGUUUUAAGAAACCACCUGAUUAUGCAAGGUUUUUCUUAGGGAAUUUCCAAAAGAUUGUUUAUUUUGAUGACUACUGGUCACCUACCUCAGCAGUAGGACAGACAGUUGAAGCCAUAGACACUUGAUUAUUUAUGAAGAUGAUUCCCUAAAUCUUUGGUAUUCUUACAAGGGUUUUAAGGCAUCUUAAAUCUUUUAAGAUUGACACCAAAUGCCUUUAAAUGGCUAUAGAUGCUUACCACUCAGUAUUCUUUUCCUAGUGGAGCCCAUUUUCAUUCCUGUCCUGAAUAACUUUUCAUAUUCCAUAGCUGGUACAUUCUUCCCACACUGCAGCCUAAGACUCAUUUUCCUUUUGUGGAGUUCUCUUUGUGAAAGAAUAUCAAGUCAGGCAUGAUGUUCGACACCAUUCAUGAUCCCAUUUAUGAUGCAGCUAGGACUUCCUGAGAAAU